AUGAUUUUGAGCCUGCUUUCUUCACGAAACGCCAUUCCGAGUCACUCUGUUCAGCAUUACUUGGAGACUAUUAAUCCCUACCUUACUAUAGUCCACCCGGAACUCUUCGCUUUACGGACCAAUAUUACCGGAUCUGACUCUUUUUCAGACCAAGAGCUUCAGGACCCUGCGACUACACUUCUGGUUGUAUGCAUGCAGCUAUUUUCCCAAAACGAUGAUUCAGCUAUCAAGGGUGAAGAAAAUACGAACAGGGCCGUCUAUCGGUCUGCUAAGCAAAUAUUGAGUGUCCUGCGAGCCAUUGAUAGUCCAAGUAUCGAGCUUAUCCAGUGUUCUAUCCUGCUCGCAUUCUACGAGUAUACGCACGAGGAUCUUGGGCGUGCCUACGUCAGUAUUGGAGAUGCUAACACCAUGGCUUUGAUUCUACACGUGGGCCCGGGGAAAUACCUUGAGGACGAGCGGGAAGCCUUGAUCCCCUACGAGGAAGAGGAAAGGCGCUGCGUUUACUGGAGUCUCUUUGUGCUCGAUCGGCUAGUCCAGACGGACUAUUCUCUUCUUCAUAUGCCGCACCAGAUACCACCUGCCGUUGUAGCUCUUCCCGCGGCCGAUAGCCUUCUACCUACGAACCAUUUACUCUGGUAUGACGAGGGCCAGUCGCCUUACUACAUCACUCAGCGAUACCCAGCAGAUACAGGUUUCUCGGUGCCUGUCGGGCCUUUUCAAAGGAAUUGUCAAUAUGCCAUGCUCUAUGCAGGAAAUUCUUUCCCUCAGUCGGAUUCGGGUCCAACGGCCUUUGAGCUGGGAAGUCAUACUGCCACCUCGGCCUCGGUGUUGCCUAUUAGUAUUUUAGACCUAUAG